AUGUCCUUGAACUCGCCCAGCACCCCCGGUCCCGGCGGCAAUCUCUCGCUGUUCCCCAACACCAGUACUCCGAGCCUGGCGCGGGCUCAAACGGGCCAGGGCGGAAUCGCCAUCAUCAAGGAGGGUUUCGUGCGUUGCAAGGAAGACAAGUUUCUGGCGACAUGGAACCAGCGGUACCUGAUCCUGCGCGAUUACAAGAUUGAGUUUCUCAAGAACGAAUCGGGCAAGGUGGUUCUCGCGUUCCCGCUCUCGACCGUCACCGGCGUCACGCGCUCAGAGGAAUCCAAGAUGGCCUUUGAAAUCACCCGCAUGGCCAAUCCCAAGGAUGCAUCGUCUAAAACCGCCAUGCUCACCCGCGAUGUGCCCACCAAAACCAUCACCUGCGAGGUCAAAUCCGACGAUGAAAUCUAUGAGUGGAUUGAUAAGAUCUACGAGCGCUGCCCCGGCAUGGGUGGUGUCAGCAACCCCACCAACUUCAGUCACCGAGUUCAUGUCGGCUUCGACCCGCAAACCGGUGCCUUUGUGGGCUUGCCUCCCGAGUGGGAGAAAUUGCUGACGGCCUCCGCCAUUACCAAGGAGGACUACAAGAAGAACCCGCAGGCUGUGAUUGAGGUCCUCGAGUUUUACUCUGAUAUCAAGAUGCGGGAGCAGAACCCGCAAUACUAUGCCGGUCUGAACGGCCCCGGUGGUGCGCAAGCCAAGCCGCUUGCGAGCAAUGCCGUGGGGAGCUCCAUUGCGCCUCCCCGCCCUCCCCCACCAGGACCCCUGCAGCGCCUCGAUAGUGGGCAGUCGAAACCCUCCAUGGAGGGUUCCAUGCGUUCCGCUACCUCGUCACCCAGUCAGCAAGGUCCGGAUUCAGAUCGUGCGGCCGAACAGCAGCAACAAUUAGAACGUAUGAAGCAACUGGCAGAGCAGGAGCGCCGUCGUGUGGAAGAGGAGCAGCGUCGUAAGGAAGAUGCCGCAUAUAAUGCAUCCAUUCCCCAGACCCGUGUUCCCCUGGUCAAGCAGGAAGUUGGUGGCUAUGGUGGCUCUGAUCCAGCCAUGAACAACCGCUAUCAGCCAAGUCGUCCGGCUCCCCAGGCUCCCGGCGCUGGAGCUCGGGCUCCCGGAGGGCAAGACCCCCGACAACUGACUGCCCAACGCCCGGCACCUGCUCCUCCGUCGUCGCAGAGUCCCUAUGGACAAGGUCCGCUCCGUACUCCUGGUGGCGCCGGUUCUCGAAGCGAGGAGAAUCAAGGCUCGCCUUCCCGCUACCCGGCCAAUGACCCCAGGUCGCAGGCAUCGUCCAGCCGCCAGCCCCAGAACAAUGGCAGCAAGGGUCAGCAAGGGCCUCCUCCGACUCGCCUACCCGCUCCGGUCCAGGCUGUGAAGCCGCUGAAUGUUGCUAAUAAGCAGGCCGGUACGAAGCAGCAGGCCGUCCCCGACGGUGUCCGCCAGGCGGAGGCCGCCCUGACCAAGAAGCCCGAGCCGCGCCAGAAGGAGGUGCGCAUGUCGGCUAUGACCGAAAAUGAAGUGAUGGACCGCUUGCGGUCCGUGGUGUCCAAGGAUAACCCCAAUGAAUCGUACAGCAAGCAGCGGAAGAUUGGCCAGGGUGCAUCUGGGUCCGUGUAUGUGGCUCGGGUUAAGGAGAAUGCGACAUCGGCUGUGGCCCAUGAGCUGUAUCGACAGUACGGCCCGCGAUGCCAGGUGGCCAUUAAGCAGAUGGAUCUGCGCAGUCAGCCUCGCAAGGAGCUGAUUGUGAACGAAAUCAUUGUCAUGAAGGACAGCCAGCAUGCCAACAUUGUCAACUUCCUCGAUUCAUUCUUGCAGGAAUCGAGCAAUGAGCUUUGGGUAGUGAUGGAGUUCAUGGAGGGUGGUGCGUUGACGGACGUCAUCGACAACAACCAGGUGAUUCAGGAGAACCAGAUCGCAACUAUUUGCCACGAGACUUGCAAGGGGCUGGCCCACCUGCACAGCCAGAACAUCAUCCACCGUGACAUCAAGAGUGACAAUGUCCUACUCGACCGGGUCGGCCAUGUCAAGAUUACUGACUUCGGCUUCUGCGCCAAGCUGACUGAGUCCAAGAGCAAGCGCGCCACCAUGGUCGGCACCCCCUACUGGAUGGCCCCUGAGGUGGUUAAGCAGAAGGAGUACGGGCCCAAGGUCGACUGCUGGUCUCUGGGCAUCAUGGCCAUUGAGAUGAUCGAGUCCGAGCCCCCAUACCUGAACGAGGAGCCCCUCAAGGCCCUGUACUUGAUUGCCACCAACGGCACUCCCCGCCUGAAGAAACCCGAGAAGCUCAGCAAGGAACUGAAGUCCUUCCUGAGUGUGUGUCUCUGCGUAGACGUCCGCAGCCGCGCCACGGCCGACGAGCUGCUGGCGCACGAGUUCCUCCAGACCGGCUGCAGCCUGGCAAGCCUGGCCGAACUCCUGCGUUGGAAGAAGGCCAAUGGCCAGUAA